AUGAACUGCUCAAAUCCUACCGAUCUCCUUCCUAUCGGGUGGAAGAGGCAAGUUGCUGCUUGGUUUGCCGAGGACUGUCCACCUUUUGACUACACAGGAUUUUUGGUUGAUGAUGUGGCAUCAAUGACGCUUUAUGCAAAGACAUGUGGUAUCCUCGCCGGUGUACCAUUUUUCACUGAAAUUUUCGCCCUCGCAGAUUGUAAGGUGGAAUGGCUCUUUCCUGAAGGCGAUUACAUGCCCAUCGACACCGGAGGCGAAAUUGCUAUCGCGAUAGUGACAGGAUCGGUACGCAAGAUUCUCCUAGGUGAAAGGAUAGGACUCAAUUUACUCAGUCGAAGCUCGAGUAUUGCGACAAUGUCGGGAGCUACAAGGCUUACAUUCGAUUUUUGUGCAUUUAAACACGUAAUGAUCGUGGAUCAGACAGCUCCGGGCUUCAAGCUUGUAGAGAGUUACGCCAUGAAAAUUGGAGGCAUACAACACUAUGAUCAGGAUGCUUCGGUGAUGAUUAUGUUGAGUAAAAAUCACAUUCAAGUGAGCGGCUCGGUGAAAAAAUCCAUAAAAGCUGCUAAAAGUAUAUCUGGCGAUGCUCUCAGAGUUUGGGUGGAAGUGGAUAAUGUGAACGACGCAAUCCAAGCCGCUAUAUUAAACGCAGAUGUAGUCUUGAUGCGAUCCAUACCAUUCAGAACAAUAGAAGAAGUAAUUGAGGUUGUCAGGGAAAAUUUCGUCUCAAUCAGCAAGUUUGGAAUUGAAGUCAGCCGGUAUUUCGAACCAGAAUUUAAACUUAUUUACGAUGGGGAUGACAUUGAUUAUCACCCCUUUACGGACAGAAGUAUCGAUGUUAUUUUAAUAAAAAAUGUUCAGGGUAUCCCACGCGUUGAUUUCUGUCUUAAGUGGAAUAAGUGA